CACACACACACCCAUUAACUUAUGACUUGAAGCCAUGCAGUGCCUGUCUGUUGGAACAGAGUCUCCAGUCAGCAGCAUUAUGGAUAGCUGGAGCCCACAAGCGCUUGUUCAGAAAUCUCAGGAAGCCAGAAACCUGGCGUACUGUCCCUACAGCAAAUUCAGGGUUGGAGCAGCUGUCUUAACAAGCGAUGGAAGUGUGUUCACAGGCUGUAAUAUAGAGAAUGCAUGUUACACCACUGGAUUGUGUGCUGAGAGGACUGCUAUCUCAAAAGCUGUGUCUGAGGGACAUACAGCCUUCAAAGCCAUCGCAAUUGCCAGUGACCUUGAAGAUCGGUUUAUUUCUCCAUGUGGAGCCUGCAGGCAGUUCAUGAGAGAGUUUGGCUCACAGUGGGACGUUUAUCUGUCAAAAUCUGAUGGAUCUUACAAACUGAUGACAGUGGAGGAGCUCCUGCCAUGUUCAUUUGGCCCUGAUGACCUGGGGGCAACACUGAAAAACCAUUCGACUGUUGACUUUUAGAAAUAAAUGUUAAGUUAUAAGCAAUGUUACAUAGCAAAUGUGUAGAAUAGAUAGACUUAUAAUGUAUUGAAUGGAUGUGUGGUUCUAUUAUUUCGCAAUAAAAGCAUACAGUAAAUGUGUAAACUAAUAAAUUAUAACCCUAUUCUGAA